GCCAGCCCUGCGCGGCGCCGGAGAGCGCAGUGGCGGCGGCGGGAAAGGGCUGCGGACCCGCGGUGCCGCGUCGCACACUCGACGACGCGGCUCCGGCUUCGGUGCCCUCCGCCCGCUCCAGGAGCAGUAAGAAGACUUUAUGUUGGAUAACAGGAAGAGGUGUAGAGUUUGCAGGUAUCAGCUGUGGUCUUACUAAGCAUGUCAAUAGCAUCAAUGCCAGAUAGACGGUCCUAUUACCACUGGAUUGUGCAAGAUUUUUAACGCUAUUUUCUUUGAAUUAUGAUUUAAUAUCAAACAUCUUAAAUUUUUUUAAAAAAGGGAAAAAUUUUAGUUUUGGAAGUCAGAAUGCCAAGGAAAAGGAAAAAUCUUGGGGGAAAUCCUAUUCAGAAGACUGCAAACUCUAAGGAAGUUGUCGUAUCCAGUCUUGCUAGUCAUGAGGAGUCAACCACUACCCUUCCUUCCGUGUGUGAGACAAACACUGAUCAGGAAGAACUCUUCACCAGUAUCUCAGAGAUGUUUUCUGAUCUGGAUCCUGAUGUAGUGUAUUUGAUGCUUUCUGAAUGUGAUUUCAAAGUUGAAAAUGCCAUGGAUUGUCUAUUAGAAUUGUCUGCCUCUGAUGCCAAGAUAGAAGGAUCAUCUGCACAAAACUUUGUUGCUUCUGAGAACCAGCCAGUUGAAACAGGAAGUGAAAUAAUGGAGAAGUGUCCUCUUGAAGAAGAGAGUGAAGAUUCGAAGAUGGAUUCAUUUCUGGAUAUGCAGCUGACUGAAGACUUGGAUUCCUUAAUACAGAAUGCUUUUGAGAAAUUGAACUCUUCUCCUGAUGACCAAGUAUACUCAUUUUUGCCUUUGCAAGAUGUUAAUAGUUUUAAUGACCCAAGUAAGUUUAUAAAUUCACAUUCAAGUAAUACGACUCCUAUCCAUUCUAUGCAAAAUAUGGAUUCCAACAGUGAGAAUUUAGAAAAUUCUGUCUCUACAGUAAGUUCAAACCCAUUAACUUCACAUUCAGUUUUGAAUGGGUCCAGAAGUUUUAUAAAGGAUAACACUUUGGCUUUGGAAGAUGAUUACCAAGAAGAUUCUCAUCUCAGUAGUUCUUUAAAUCCAACAAAUGACUCUAUCAUGGGUUGUAGUAAUCUCAAUCAGAGACAGAGCGAGUUUUUAGAAUCUGAGCGUGUUGAGGCUCAACUUUCCGAAGCCUCUGUAAAUUUGGAUGCUAAUGAACCUCAAGCUUCUUUAAACCUUCCUGUGCAAAAUUCAGGGUGUGAUUUGCCAGAUACUGGUGGGAAUCAGAGGUCUACUUCUGUCUCUGAUAUUUUUGUACCUUCUGAAGGGUUCAAUUUCAAGCCACACAAACAUACUGAACUACCACCAAAGGGGAAGGAUAUGAAUUACUGCCCAGUACUUACCCCUCUCCCUUUACUGCUUCCUCCUCCUCCACCUCCACCAAUGUGGAAUCCAAUGAUUCCUGCUUUUGACCUCUUUCAAGGAAGCCAUGGGUUUGUGGCUCCUGUUGUAACCACAGCUGCACACUGGAGACCCGUCAACUACACAUUUCCACCCUCAAUCAUUUCUCACACUUCCCCAACAAAGGUAUGGAGAAACAAAGAGGGAACAAGUGCUUAUCAAGUACAAGAAACUCCGGUUUCUCAAGUUGUAAGAAAGAAGACAACAUCAUAUGUUGGACUAGUUCUUGUUCUUCUCAGAGGCCUUCCGGGAUCAGGAAAAUCUUUUUUGGCGAGGACUUUGCAAGAGGAUAAUCCAAGUGGAGUCAUUCUUAGUACUGAUGAUUAUUUUUAUAUAAAUGGACAGUACCAGUUCGAUGUAAAGUACUUAGGAGAAGCACAUGAAUGGAACCAGAAUCGUGCUAAAGAAGCAUUUGAGAAGAAGAUAUCACCAAUAAUAAUAGACAAUACAAACCUACAGGCCUGGGAAAUGAAGCCAUAUGUUGCUUUGUCUCAGAAACAUAAAUAUAAGGUCCUCUUCCGGGAACCGGACACAUGGUGGAAAUUCAAACCGAAGGAGCUUGCAAGGCGUAAUAUUCAUGGGAUAAGCAAAGAAAAAAUAACAAGAAUGUUAGACCACUAUCAACGUUUUGUUUCAGUGCCAAUAAUCAUGAGUUCUUCAGUUCCAGAGAAAAUUGAACGUAUUGAAUUAUGUGCAUAUUCUUGUGAGGAUAGAAGUUCCAGCCCAAGAGACAAUGAAGAUAUUACCUCUGAAAAAGAAGAAAAUGUUUUAUCCUCAUCACUGAAGCAUCUAGAGUUAAUUGAAGAAAAGAAUCCUGAAGUGACCAAAGAAACGGUGUUGCCUGAGAAUAUUACAUAUCUCCCCCAUGCAGAUAUAAGCAAAGGAAGGAAAGAAAUAAGUGGUAUACAUCAUAACACUCAGAGUCAGUUCAUUCAGGAAGCUGCACACAUCUAUCUUUCAGACUCUGGAAGCAAAGUUCAAGUAGCAGACAAGAGAGAAAAAGAAGAGCAAGUAGAAAUGACAUCUGAAAAACAGUGUAUUAAAACUGAUGCAGAUAGAGUAUCACCAAGUAUUUGCUCUGGUGAAAAUAAUCAAGACUACGAUCUGGCAAAUACUGGACCACUUCAAAAUGAAAAAUCUUCACCUGGUGAAAUAUUAGAAGAAAGAACAACAGUAAAGAAAAAGGCCUUUGGGAAACAAAAAAGCAAAUCACCUUCAGAAAAGUUUCCAAGACAUGAGCUAUCGAAUUUUGUUGGUGAUUGGCCAGUUGAUAAGACUAUUGGUCAGAGAACAAAAAGGAACCGAAAAUCUGAAAAAGCUUCAUCUAUACAAAGUGACAAAAAGUAUAGUCGCCCUCAGUCACGCAAAGUAUCAGAUAAUAGUGUGUCCAUGAUUACAGAUCAUAUCCAACAACAAGGAUCUCCAUAUGAAAGUGUAGAUGAUGGCAGGAAGUCGCAGUGUGAUGAUUCUUCAGAAUUUCUCAAUAGCUGUAAAUAUGAUACUUAUAAAAAUCCUGACAAAAACUCAUUUAAUAUUGUGGGUGACUGGCCUUCAUCUGAUUCUUUAGCUCAGAGAGAGCAUAGAUCAAAAAUGCCAAAGGCUGGUUUAAGUGAACCCAACCUAGAAUUUGGAACUAAUGAUAAUAUGAAUGAAAUAUCCUUAUAUACAACACAAGCCUGUUGGGGCACAUGCCCUAAAGAACUAAAAUUGUUGGGGAGCUCCACUCUACAAAGUGCUGACAUGAUACCCAGUGAAAUGACCCAGGAGAAUCAAACUUAUCUAAGUAAAAUGAUUCAUGGGCAGCACACAUUGCCUCUAACUUUCACUAGUAAUACAGCAACCAUUACUGGAGUGGUAGGGCCAGAAAUUCUAGCUGAAUUUCCAGGGGAAAUGCCUAGAGGAGUCCCCGGAAUAGAAGUAGGCACAUGUACCCAGACUGAACCACAGGAUUUUGCUCUGUUAUGGAAAAUAGAAAAGAAUAAAAUCAGUGUUUCAGAUUCUAUCAAAGUAUUAAUAGGAAGAUUAGAUGGAUUUAAACCAAAAGCUUUCAAUAUUAACACAAAGUCAAAUGUUCAAGAGACAAUUCCAUAUAGGGUAAUGUAUGAUAAAAGCACGUAUGUUGAAGAAAGUGAACUUACCAGUGCUGAUGAAUCUGAAAAUCUUAACAUCCUUUGUAAGCUGUUUGGAUCUUUUUCAUUAGAAGCCUUAAAAGAUUUAUAUGAAAGGUGUAAUAAAGAUAUUAUUUGGGCCACAAGUCUUCUGUUGGAUUCUGAAACUAAAUUAUGUGAGGAUACUGAAUUAGACAAUUUCCAAAAAUCAUAUGAUGAAUCACAAGUUGGACCAUUUUCUAUGGGAUUGAAUUUGAAGGAAAUUAUUAGCCAAAGAGAAACAGUAGAGGAUUCUAAUUCUUUUGUGCCAGAAAUUAGUCCUGGAAUCUGUAUCAGUAAUAUUAAUUCACAAUCUAGCUAUAAUGCUGAAAAGUUAAACUCAGAGCAGGCAGAAAUAAGAGCCAUAACUCCUGAAAAGCUUGGAUCAAUAACAAAUGUAUUUCCUAAUGCUGCUGUAGAUCUGAAGAGUAAUAGUGAAAUACUUCCUAACAGCCAGGUAGAACUAUCAGGUUUAUGUAGCUUCAAGCAGUCUCUUCCAGUUAUUCUAAAAUCCGCUACCCCUAAAGAUGUGAGUGAAAUAGAGAACAGUCUAGUAGCGGCAGAGACUGAAGAUGGUAUGCGUUCUUCUUUAAAUUUAUCAGAUAUUUUAAACUCUGUAUCAAGUACUUCAAAUCUUGAAUUAAAUGAAGAAGUUUACUUUACUGACUCUUUGGAAAUAAAGAAAAAUGAAAAUCUUCCAAAAGAUUAUGUGAAAUUUGUGAACUCUGAAGAAUUUAUGAAUGUAGAUGAACAGGAAAUGGAGAAAAUUCUAAUGGCAGGAAAUAGCUUGUCAGUUGGAGUUAAUGAAGAAGAUAAAACUGAGAUAUUGAAUCCCAUGCCAGGGAUGGCCAAAUCUCUGACCAUAGACUGUCUGGAAUUGGCAUUACCCCCAGAACUGGCUUUUCAACUCAAUGAAUUAUUUGGCCCAGUUGGUGUUGAUUCAGGGUCUCUAACAGUUGAGGAUUGUGUGGUUCAUAUAGAUCUGAAUCUGGCUAAAGUGAUUCAUGAGAAAUGGAAAGAAUCUGUAAUGGAGCGACAAAGACAAGAGGAAGUAUCUUGUGGCAAGGUUAUUCAAGAUUCUUCCCUGGUUGGACAUAUUGGUCUUGAUAAUCCUGAACAAAAAUCAUCUCAGAGAACAGGCAAAAAAUUGCUGAAGACUUUAGCAGCACCCGAAAUGCUCCCCUUGUUGGAUCAUUGGAAUACUCAAACUAAAAAAGUAUCACUCAGAGAAAUAAUGUCGGAAGAAAUUGCCUUACAGGAAAAACAUGAUUUGAAAAGGGAGACACUUAUGUUUGAAAAAGAUUGUGCCACUAAACUAAAGGAGAAGCAGCUCUUUAAGAUAUUUCCAGCCAUUAACCAAAAUUUUCUGGUGGACAUUUUCAAGGAUCACAACUAUUCGUUAGAACACACAGUGCAAUUUUUAAACUGUGUUCUCGAAGGAGAUCCUGUAAAAACAGUUGUAGCUCAAGAGUUUGUUCACCAAAAUGAGAAUGUCACUUCUCAUACUGCACAGAAGACUAAAGAGAAAAAGGCAAAGAAAUUGAAGGAGACUGAAGAUACCCCAAGUGAACCAUCUUUCCAGGAUUUCGAGUACCCUGAGUAUGAUGACUACAGGGCAGAGGCUUUCCUGCACCAGCAGAAGAGGAUGGAAUGCUAUAGCAAAGCUAAGGAAGCUUACCGAAUGGGGAAGAAAAAUGUUGCCACCUUUUAUGCCCAGCAGGGCAGUCUUCAUGAGCAGAAAAUGAAAGAAGCCAACCACCUUGCCGCUGUGGAGAUCUUUGAGAAAGUUAAUGCCUCCCUGCUGCCACAGAAUGUCUUAGACCUCCAUGGGCUGCAUGUGGAUGAAGCAAUAGAACAUUUGAUGACAGUUUUACAGCAGAAAACUGAAGAGUUUAAACAGAAUGGUGGUAAGCCCUAUCUUUCUGUGAUUACUGGGAGAGGAAACCACAGCCAGGGAGGAGUUGCUCGCAUCAAACCAGCUGUCAUUAAAUACCUCACAAGCCAUAGCUUCAGGUUCUCUGAAAUUAAACCAGGGUGCUUGAAAGUCAUGCUAAAGUAAAAUAAAUGUCCUUGACUUAGAAGUAUGAAGGUUUGUAGGUUAAAAUUAGUUUUAUUUGAAAUAAUUCAAUCAAUUCUGCUUUAAACGUGUGUUUUAUUAGAAACAAUGUUCACUUAUAAGAAAAAAAAAUGUUUUUCAAAAUUGAAGAGAAGUUUAAUUUUUUUACUGAAUCAAAUUCCAAGUAAUGUUACCUGUUAAAAAUAUUAAAGAGAAUUUUUAUGGAUUACAAAAUGUCUAAGAAAAUUAUCAGCUGCAAUUUUAAAGUCUGAAGUGCUCUGAUUCUUUCUCAAAGAGAAAAUGCUACCUUUGUAUUAAUUGUUGUUUGACAUUUAGCAAAGUCCUAAAGGCUUCUGUGAGAGGUAAUGUGCUUUGAGAACUGGUUCAAACCAGUUCAGAGGUGUGUAUUAAUAUUAGUAAAGAAAGAAAGGCUAUUUAACAACAACACUUGAAUUCUUUUUGCUUUUGAAGCCAAAUACAUAAAAUCAUUUCAUUUUAUCAUGUCCUGCAGAAGGGAACUCGUUGUCAUACUUUUUUCUGCUUUGUAUGUGACUCAUCUCUUUCCUUUUGUUCUGUUCUUCUGUGUAUGCAUUUUCUAUGAGGAAAGUUGGGUCUGAGAUUAUCUUGCAGUCUUAUCCUUUCCAUAGGCUGAAAGGUCUUCAGAGGUGAGAUGGUGGGCUGUCUGCCACUUGUUACUGCCUUCUAGGACUCCCAGAACCAACCAUUUGCCCGAGUGGCAGCAAAGACAGCACUAAAGAACUAUAUUUUAUAUUGGGGGCAUGUAACUUCUAAACUAGUAGGUCACAAUCCUGUUAAUUUAAAUCAGAAGACAUUUUUAAUAUCAUCAUAAAAGGAAUCUGUCCAGUUUAAAAGAUUUUUACGUUUAUUUUGAAAAAGAGCCAACUUUCGGAAACUUUCAUUGACUCCUCUUGUUUCAUUAGCUAACAAGUCCUGUAAGUAUGUAAAGUAUAAUUUUUUUAUACAGGUUUAGUGUGGUAAUGUAUAAUUUUUUAGUAUGAGAUAGUUACUAAAAUAAAUUUGAUUUUGGAUAUAUAGAAUACUUUCAACAUAUAAUUUUCGCAAACAAUUGUGUUGCUUUUUAUUUAGUUUAAAAAAUCAUUUGGACAGGAAUAAUAGGAUUGUUACCAAAAAUAUCCUGGAAAUACAGAAUGAUUUCCCAAAUAAGCAAACAUUUUAAUGAAAAUAACACUCAAAAAAUGUGUUUUCAUAAAUCGUCCAUGCAUGCUUUUAAA